CCACUUGUACCCUGAUGGUUAAGAGAGAUUGGGGAUAAAAUUUUGGAUCUGAACCAAUGACGUUUCUAGGUUUAGAGCCAAGCAUCUUUCAGACGGGGAAAUACGAACCGGACUGUUAAUGCUUUCUUCAAUUGCAAAUGAUAUUUUGUAAUUCAAGGAAAAUCUGUGAUACCGCUGUCUGACUGUUGUUUCUGUUGGUUAAGAGUGACACAUAGAGGCAAUGUUUGAGAUUGUGGAAUAACGAAAGAUUUGUGUCAAGUAUAAAACAGAAUCUGAAUGUGUUGAAAGAAGCCAUUACUAGUCCGUAAUUAAGUUAUAGAGUAGCCCUUGUAACAGAGAACGUUAACGGCUUCACGAUGAACGGAACCCCAUACACACCCCGAUCUAAACCCCACCCUAGAAUAAAACCCGAGGCACAGGAAAAUGCCAUGAAAAAUCGCGGGGGCAUGGAAAAAUGGUUCGACUACGAUCAAAAUAUCAGUGACUAUAAUUCUCCGAGACCUGGCGAUCGGUUAAGGACUGAUGAAGCGAAGAAAAUCGCUGAAGUUAACAAAGGGUGUAUGAAUGAAUUCAUGGAGGGUUAUCCGGAUCGACCUGUCGAAAGAGAGUUACAUCCCAGGGGAGUGACGGGCGCUGGGGCAGAAAUCGCCGACAUGAAUAAAGGAAAAGGUAUGAAAAACCUCAUCGAUAGUUACGGAAAUCUUGGAAUCUCAGAUCGACCGAAUCCAAAAGUCAAAGGCCAGGACGCUUCGGAAAAUGCGGAGCGGAACCACGGACAAGUCAAUGACGUUUUGAACAAUUAUGGCAAUCACCCCCUGUCUCCCCCUCCAAACCAGAAAGUGAGUUAUGGUGGUGAAGAAGUAGCGAAUAAACACAAGGGAAAGGAUAUGGGACCAAUCAUGAAGAUGGAAGGAGGUAAAAGGUCACCACGUGAUGGUAAACAAAGAACAUUACACCAGGAAUCAGACGGAAUGGGAUGGGAUGAAUUGCCGCCACAUCAACGAAUUCGACCAGAAGCUGAACAAAUAAUUUCCAAAUACUCUAAAUCAGAUAUGACUGACAUCAUGAAGGGCGCCAAGUCUCCAGAUCAUCUGAGCCCCAAAACAAAGAUACUAAAACAUAUGACAGAAUCAGAAGUGCCUCGACCAAGAACGUCUCCUGCAAGAACAAGGCCGGAAGCAAUGCAGUACUAUCAACGGAACAACGAUUCCGAGAUGGCGGCCAUCAUGGGAGGAGGUAAACCCAUCACUAACGGUGUCCACAACAACAAAAACCACAGUCGAAUGUUGAACAAGUCAGAAGAUUGGUGAAUUAAUCGUAUCCCGAUUUCUUGAUUAGUUUCAUAACCAACGAAUUAACGAAACUGACCAAGAAUUAUUAAAUUUAAGAAGGCUCAUGGAGUAAUCUCUUAAUUGUGUAUAGAAAGACCCAAAGCUGAAUGAAUUAUUUCUUGUGUAUAUGUCAGUGGGCAACAAUCAAAAUAAUCAUCAAUGCAUUUAAUUGUCAUGAUAUGGCAACCGAGGUUGUUUCCCCAAAAAAUUAUUUCAUUAAAAAAAAAAAACAACAUUAUAUAGGAUUGGCCUUAUAUAAUCAACGGAUUUAGUGCUAAGAUACAUAGCUCUAUGAUUUGAAUAUAUGUGCACACCCAAUCAAUUAUUAGUUAUUUCCAAUUUAAAAUAUUUUGUCCAUGUUAUGGUAAUAAAAAUCUGAUCCAAUCCAGUAAGCAUCCACUCUGAAGUAUCAACUCCAAUGAUCUCUAACAUUGCAAGUAUACAUUGAUCACCUUCUUAAGAAGAAAACAAAACAGAUUUCAUUUUAUUAAAAUCAAAACAGUUCUUAUAUAAUACUGACAAAAGUAAAACCAAGUUAAGUACAUCUAUAAUGAUACAAGUGCUUUUUUGGCAGUCCAAGUGUACCAUAUUUGAUUCUUUGUUUUCCAGCUAUAUAAGUUCUUGCCAUGUAUAAAGUCAUAUUUGUUUAAAAUAUUUUGAAGGGUUUUAUAUUUGUAAUUUUAUUUAUUUUAUACACUUUCUUUGGUUGUACAUUUCAAAUGUUGUGAAGGGAAUUACUAAGUGCUUUUUAAUACAUGAUUAUAUCUUACUCACUAUUUUACCAAAUGAUUCAACAUUAAAAUUUUAGAAUAUGUGUCUCACUGGGGAAGUAUUUUUUAUUGGGUUUUAUCAUAUUUAAAUCAUUUUUUGGUUCAAAAAUAACCCCCAUUAUUCAGUGUCUUAUAACUCUUUGUUUUUUAUUGAUCUUUAAUUUUCAUUAUAAAAUUUAAGUAAAAUCCAUGCAAUUUUUUCUUUAAAAUAAAAUUCAUGCAAUUUUAUCUUUGAAAUAAAAAUCAUGCAGUUGUCUUAAUAAUAGUCAUAGGACACAUUUACCAUAUCUAAUAUCCGUUUUUUUGUCCAUAAAACCCACUUCUUCUUCAUUUAACUUCCACUUCGACCUCGGGUGAUAUCGCAGACAAUAACAAUAUCCAGUAUCUUAUAACCUUUAAAAGUUCAAUAGCAUGGGUAGUUUUUAAUUUAAAAUCAGAUUUCAAUAUAUAAUUUAAAAGUUCAAUAGCUAUCAGUAUUUUUUAAAUUUAAAAUCAGAUUUCAAUAUAUAAUUUUGUGGAUGGUUCCAGUCCUAUAUGUCAGCAUGUCACUUGUGGUUUUCUAUUUUUAGUUAAGUAUCAUCAGUCUAUUUAAUUCAGUCUAUUUUAAGUUCCCAAGAGCUUAGACUAAUAUUUACACCGGAGUGCAGACAAAACAUACAAAUCAUUGUUUUUCUUUCUAAAAUAGUGAACUGCAUGAUCUUGAAAUCGAUCUAAUGGUGUUGUUUUAGAAUGCUGCAAUGAAUGAUUUCUAGAUUUUGUUUUUGUUUUUGUAACAUUUUAGUUUACGGUUAUCACCUGUUAGGGAGGUUUAAGAAUACUGCAAUGUAAAAUUAUAGAUUUAAUUUUUUUUGUUAUCCUGUAAAGUUUUUUUGUUAUAAUGGCCUUAGAGAGAGAGGCAAAUGGGGCUUAACGUCCCCUCGAUACAAACCAGGUCAUUUUGGGACUAACACAUGGUUAAAUUUUAUUUCAAUAUUUUGCUUGUGCGUAGGGGUCUUUAGCAGUGGGAGGAAGCCAGAGGACCCGGAGAAAACCUAUGGGGUUGGACAGGCGACCCUACUCCAUAUAUCACACCAGUUGACUCAAUGACAGACCUAAUGAUACAACGCGCAUGUGCUAACCAUUCGACCACCAAACCAACUGAGAGGUUUAAGAAUGUGGCAAUAAAAAAAUUAUAGAUUUAAAUUUUUUUUGUUAUUAUUCUGUAGGUUUUUUUUAUAAUGACCUUAAGUCUCGACAUUAUUAUCACUUGUUACUAUGCAAACCCAAAUAUUAUUUUAGUGCAUGUUGUAUACUUUUUAUGCUGUUUUGUCUUAUUUUAAACAAAGAUGAUAUUCAUGUAAACAUCUAUUCAUAUAUAUAUGUAACUGUAAAUAAAUGUAUAUAUCGCAAACAGAA